AUGGAGCGCCAGUCGCAGCCAUCGGGGCUUGGCGCAAGAAGGGAUCCAUCCACCAAAAUCCAGAAACCAGAGUUGGCAGCAGAGCGCCUGGCUGCUCUAAAGGCUCGAGUUGCGGCUGCAACUGCAACCAGCAAAGCAAAAGGCGGCCUGAAUGUUGGUCUACAUCCGGCCCUCGAAGACUUGGCGUCAUGGAAGCCUCAAAACAAGGAAAAUAAAUCGUCAAACGUUGGGAAGAACAUUCGUUACAGUACCAAAGGGUCAGCUGCAGUUACAGUCCAAGGCAGCGGCGACUUUGGUACCGGCCGGCGCAACCCGUACAUUGACGGUUCCAUGGCAGCACAGCCAUCUUUCGGCCGGGUUCGCGAGCCAAAGCGAUUAGUAUUCAAUCAGAAGGGUAAGUACAUCCAACAGGCCAACGCCCUCAGGCGCCAAGAGGCGCUCGAGGCGAUGAAGAAGCGCAUCGCCGAGCAGACAAGAAAGGCCGGUAUAGAUGAGGAUCUGGAUACCGAAAAGAACUUUCUAGUAGAAGAACCACCGCAUGUGGAGUGGUGGGAUGAAGCCCUUAUAGAUGGGGAAUCUUACGAUGCACUCGACCACGCCAACAAACUGAAAAUUGAUUCACCGGACAGCAUCAUCACGGAAUAUGUCCAGCAUCCCGUUGCGCUGGAGCCGCCGCAGGAUCGCUUGGCCCCUGCACCGAAACCCAUGUAUCUAACAUCCAAAGAGCAAUCGAAGAUCAGAAGACAACGGCGAAUGGCGGAAGGGAAGGAGAUGCAAGCAAAGAUCAGGCUGGGCCUCGUACCAGCCCCCCCUCCCAAAGUGAAGAAGGGUAACCUCAUGCGUGUUCUUGGAGAUGUUGCUGUGAAGGAUCCCACCGCUGUCGAAGCCCGUGUGAACCGAGAAAUCGCCGAACGACAACAGAAGCAUGUUGACACCAACGAGGAACGAAAACUCACGAAUGAACAAAGACAUGACAAGUUAGCGACAAAUCAGCAGAAGGAUCUCGAAAAGGGUAUUCAUGUCCUCGUGUUGAAAGUUAAUAGCUUGGCGAACGGGCAGCAUCGCUACAAGAUUAGUGUCAACGCAGAACAGCUUUCUUUGACCGGUACCUGCAUCAUGCACCCGAAAUUCAACUUGCUCGUCGUUGAAGGUGGCUCUUGGGCGAUUAAUAAAUACAAGAAACUCAUGCUCAACCGCAUUGACUGGACUGAAAAUGCGCCAUCUCGAGAUCGUGAUGGCAAGAAUGCCACACGCGACUGGCUUCUAGCAGAAGAUGCAAAAGGCGAAUUAAAAGACAUGUCGCUGAAUCGAUGUACGCUAGUCUUUGAAGGUGAACAGAAAGCUCGUGGCUUUCGUAAAUGGGGCAGCAAGGUAUGCGAAACGGACACAGAGGCCCGCGCUGCUUUAUCGCGGGCCAAAAUGGAAAGCUUCUGGACGCUGGCGAAGGGGAUGGCUUAG